AGGGCACCAACAGUCGUCCACGAACCGUCCAACCGGCUGCACCAAUCCACGCACAGAAUAUACAAAACGUUCGCCGGUUUGAAAGGAACAACUGCGAUAAAGCGCGUGCAUUGAAUCACGAGGACAAUUAUUAAGUUGAGGAGAGGAAAAAAAUUGGUGAAAAAAAAAAUUCCAGUUGUAUAAAUGACUGGACUGUGAGUGAGACUCGAGGUGAAACCAGGAAAGAACAUUUGCUAAUAUAUUUUCUAAUUAAUUUUUUGUGCUCUGGUGAGAUAUUGUUGGACUCGUCGGUGACGGUGGGACCACGACAAUGCUCCAUUUACCGGGGCUCGAUUGAUUCUUGAGGGCCCUCAGAAAUAAUUGAACGCUCAUCGAAUAUCAACGAUCGAUCAAGUGUUACAGCCAGUUCUCCCUUAAUUUUCCCAACGAAAAGCGUUCGACACACAUUACAGAGGUCUGAUGAUACAGUUCAAUCAUCGAAUUGAAUUUGGAGUCACGCAAUUUGUGGGGUUCAUGUUUGAGAAAUGGGGGCCGACCAGCUCGGCCUCCUCCUCUGGAAGAAUUAUGUAGUCCGGAAGCGACGACCGGCAAUUCUCGGUCUUGUCUUUCUAUGGCCCAUCGUGAUAUUUAUGCUGUUGUAUGUUGUACGCGACAAUGUCGAACCCGAGUACAAUCCCACCUGCCAAUUUCCAGCCAGGCUUAUGCCACGUGAUGGCCUACUGCCUUUCGUACAGAGCUAUAUAUGCAGCGUUGGAAAUCCCUGUGAUCCUCUCGAUAAUUAUGAGGAGGUUCCGUCGUAUCGAAAUGCGAGACUCGGACCUCUCAUGAUGGAAUUCCAAUCUCUCCUCCCGAACGAAACAAUUCUGUCAGCCGUGAAAAGUCUGCCCCAUAGCGUAAAGUUUCUCCGAUCGAUGGCGGAAAUUCUGACGAAGCCAGAAAUAAAGCAGUUGUUUGAUCGGGGCCUUCGUCUGGGUGAUUUAUUCACCAAUCACCAGGUUUUGAAGAGCACUCUGAUAAAGGAGUUGCCGGGUGUCCGGGAGGAUUUCAUUGACGAUCUCUUUGAUACAUCAAUAAAACUGUAUUAUCUCAUGGAAUCCUUUGGCUCAUCGAACAUCGACGGUGUUGUUUGUACCCCAUCCAGUCUCAGGGAAUUUCUCAUCGUCCCGAGGGAGGAGAAUCUCAUCGAGAUAUCGAGCGCUCUCUGCCACCUUGAUGCAGCCCAAGUGCCCCUGAUACUCCAAAAACUCACCGAUCAUCUGGACUUUGCGGGACUCCUGGAGAUCGUCAGCCGAGUUAUGGCGAAAUUCCACGAUUACGACUUCAUCACGGACAUCACGAGAUCUAUAACAACUGUUCUGAACCUGGAAACGGUGAUAAAACAUGUCCCGGAGUAUCUCAAACUCCGGGAAUGGAUUCCCAACGUUCUCGCUCUGUUCAGAGACACCAACUUCCGAAGAAUCGACUUGAGCUUCAUCAACCGAACGAUUGAUACCCUAGAACCGAUUUUCGCUAGCGAUCGCAAUUGGCCGGUGGUGCGAUCUGGCUUAUCCAAGUUGAAUUCCCUCCUCGAAAUAAUUCAAGAAGUUGUAGAGAGAAAAGCACCAACGCACGAGCAAUCGAGUCCCUUUGAACUUUCCCAAGGUACCGGUGAAAGUGUAAAAGUGUUUCCCCAUCAACUUCUAAACCUGGAGGAUGUGACUAAAAUACUCGAUGGGACUUACCGUGUUCUCCAAGACGGUGUGAAGCUGACGAAACGACUCUUGGAUCAUCACGCCGAGGACAUCAGUCUCUCAGCCGAAGCUUUCGACGGUCUGGGCAAUAUUUUUUCCGAUAAAAUCAUGAACAUGAUGACCUACCUCAACUCCAUGAUGGAGAACAUCGUGCGGAUGGUUCACCAUGUGGCGAUCAUCCACGAAGAGCUCCAGGAGAGACUAUUCAGGAUAUCAAAGAGCCACGAGACCCUCGUCAACACGAUUUUAGCUGAACUGAGUCCUGAACUCUUCCGUAACGUCGUCGCAGGCUUCUCCCAUCUCCAGCAGACCGAGAAAUUCAUCGAGAGUACAGCGAAGGCUCCACCUGCUGAUGUGAUCUGCACGGAGACGACUUUCAACGAUAUAUUUAAACCGAAUGGAUCCGUCACAUCGCGAGAUUACGAAUUAAUCUGCUCCGACGAGGGGAAGAAGAUCAUAACCGAAGUUUACGACGCCUUCGAGUUCCAAACGUUCCAGACGAUCAUCGAGAAGAUGUUGCAGACAUUCGUGAUGAUGGCGUUCAACCGACCGAUUCCAAUAGAGACUUCCAACACCACAUCCACCGUGAACAGUGUGAAGCUCCUCAUGAAUUUUCUGGAGCACCCGCCCCUGAAGAGAAUCGACUGGAGUGAUUUCAGAUUAUCAGACAAUUGGCGGAGGAUCUUCCAGGAGACCCUCGCAGAAGGGCGGAAGGACGUGCUGGCGUAUCACCUGAGUAUCGCCAAAAUGGUGGGACAGCGUAGCAUCUCAUACGCGCGGAUCAAACCAGAUCUCGAGAAUAUGGAUAUAAUAGCGGACGUAAUCCUGGAUGAUCUUCGUGAGAAUCCAACGAGUUGGAUAAACGAGGUACGUGAGCAUGAAUCUGAGUUAUUGGAGUCCUUCUACUUGACAGUCGCGGAUAGAAAUAAAACUCUGGACAUCUUGGAGUACUCGAAUUUCAGCCGCGCAUAUUGCGUCCCCCCGGCUGCUCCUCAACUCAUCAAUUACCCGGUGCGUGGAAACGCGUCGUUGCUGAAGGGUUUGGUGUGCCGGUUGGCGCGGGCUGCGGAGAAGGAGCUGGAGAUAAAUAUAACAGCUGUGGAGCUGCGACAGAUGACGUUUCGAGAUCGCAAGUCAUUCAAUUGGACACUGUUCAAUGGAAAGAUCGUCGAGAUCUACGGGUACGUGGAUUCCCUGGUGCAGUUUGAUGACGAGAGUGAUUACUACUUCAGGAAUUUGGAUAAAUUGAAGAGAAAUUUUGUCGACGCCUGGACAACAGAUCUGACCCCGGAACACGGAGUGGAGAUCGUCGUGGGGGUGGUCUGUCGGUUAUUGGACCUGGCCGAGAGUCCGCUGUUCCGGAUUCAGGAGAGAUCAGCUUGGAAGAGCCUCCGGGCGCUGGCGUGGUCCAUCUCCACGAUCGCCGAUAAGAUUGAGAAGAUUCUGGACGAUGUCCUGGGCACUGGGGAUCCUGGGAAGCCAGCAAAUGUCCUCCACGACAUGCCAGAGACGGACCUUCUCCUGGAAACAGCUCUGCGGAAUCUUCCCUCGAUCAGUCUCGACCUCAUCGACAUCUUCAGCCAGAAAAAUCCCAUUCACAUCCUCAAGACCAUCAGCGAUCACGUGGCAAACGAGCCCAAUUGGCCGUGCACCGAUGACCAGAGUCUCGGCGAAGCUCUGGCACUUCGUCCCGGCAGCCAACAACUCCUCCGUCAGGUUGAAAAAAUCGCCUGCAAUCCUGUUGUCUUCAUCAGGGAGUGGAGUGAGCAUCCAACAUUCAUGAGGACCUCGAAAAUAUUCGAGCCCGAUGGUCCUGGCGAUGUGCCAGCAUUCAAUUGGACAGCGGGAUACAUAAGAUUCCGCGGUCUCGUCAACAAAUUUUUCCCCGAGGUCAAAGGGAUAACGGGGGGAGAAACUUUCUCAAUGGACAUACCAAACAUUCAAGAGAAAGCGAAAACAUUUCUCGAUUUUAUAGAUCUCGAGAUUGAUAAAAUUAUUCCAACAUUCCGGAGCAAUAUAACAGCUGGAGAAGUUUGGAUGUCAACUGGUAAAUCACGAGGAAUUGAUGAUAUUCUCGUUAUCGCUAAAUUCAGCUCCAAAGUACUUCACGAUCUCGUUCAUCUUGGCCUGGAGAUACUGGAAAAACCCGUGGAAACUAAUGCUAAAAGUUUGAACCUUCUCACUCUACUUGGAUUCACGAGUAAGAGUGUAGUGUCUAUAGUACGCCAGCGUUUCCCCUACAUUUUAGCGACAGUGGUUUACGGCAUAUCCGAUCCUGAACUGGACCAUCAGCUGCACAGAGCCGUUGAAAAUGCUCAAGGUAUAACGUGUGAAAAAAUGUUUUCAUUGUUUGAGGAUUACAAAGUGGGAUUGACAAACGACGAGUACUUGAACCUGAAGAAUUUCACGUGUGAUCACGAUACAUUUCACUUCAACGCAUUCUUCGAUCUCUACCUCGAUGCGACUGCGUACUGGCGACGACCUGUGUCUCACUAUCGAAGUUAUUUCUUCACUUUAGCCCACGACAUUCACGACUUUGCCGUAAUUACCGAAGCUGCUGUUGAUAGGAAAAUGGUUAUCGAUCCGCCCCUAGAUAAACAGUAUCUCAAUGAUGCUGUUAAUACUCUGAAGAAUAUACUCCAGGUCCCGAGAGUAUUAACAUCCAAGUUGCAAACAAAACAACCGGAGAGUGGUUGGACAAUUUAUCGUCUCUUUGUUGAAGGUUUAUCCGAGGGGCUGAAGAACGCAGCAUUUGCACUGAGGGAGAACAAAUUGGAGGACAAUGUUAUGCACCUGUGGGAUAUGGUCAGACCUGGAGAUGUCCAUCAGCUGAUUAAAUUUUUAGAAGCUCGGCCAACUGAGACCCUCUCAUUAGCCGCAACUCUCGUCACACUCAAUGCGUCUGACAAUUCCUUGAUUGCGUUUAACGACGUCCGGGGCUCGAUGUGCCAUCUACGAUUCGAUUUGAAUUUCUGGAGGGAGAGGAACAAUUCGGAAUUUCUGGAUCACCUGUGUACGUACGAUCCACGCCAGCUGGUGAGAAGUGCAACCAGCGAGGAGUAUCUGAACGUCAUCACGGGGAGGAGUUCUUCACUGGAUAAAAUCGACCCGCUGUCAAAGUCUUUGCUGAAAUUCAUUGAGACCGUCUGGAGAGCCGAUGUCAACUCCUCCGGGAAAUUGGCUUUUCAGUCCAAUAUUUUGAAUUUCACAACCUGGAGGGACCUCUCCAAUGAUUCCAAGCGAUUAAUCCACGACGCAGACCAGUCCUGGGUCCACAAAAUAAUGGUGGAGGUGAUCCCGCUCGAGUACAACUUCUCAGUUCAAACCUUCUCCGAGAUCGAUCUGACUCGGAUUCACAACAUCUUCCAGGAUCAUCCCCUGAAUGCCGCCCGUCAAAUAAUGCAGCUCGCGGACUCCUGGAUGGACGUCAUAUCGGGCGGUGACAUCUGGCAGAAGCUGCGGAUGACGUACGAAAAUACCAAAAUGAAAUCGCUGCUGAGUUUGAUCGAGGAUGCGCCAAACCUGGUCAUCACUGUUCUGGAGACCUUCAUAAGUUCAGAACGUCUCACUGACUUUAUGGACAAGUUCAUCGGUGGUCAGGUGAAUCUCUGCGACAUCGAGAGAUACCUCAUUCCACCGUCUUACGUCCGGAAGAAGGGAAUCCUAACGAGUGUGACAAGCUUUUGUCAGAAAUUCAUUCUCAGCAACGCCAAUUCCAGCACGAACGACUUCAAGCCCCUUGGCAUUGUCAAUGUAACACUCCGGGGAAAUAUCCUAGACGAUAUAAACAUAAAAACUAGCGAUGGCAACACGUGGAUACGAGUUACAUUGAAUGAGACAUACUUUAUGGAUACUCUGGUACACUUUCAAUCCACACUUUUGCGAUCUGUCUGCGAAGGUAAUAAACCCCCGAAAGUACCCUCCUGGUGGAUUUCAUUUCGCGAAGGUACUUUAAUCGACUUUAAAAAGCAAUUCCAAGAGAGAGAUUUAAGAUCAUUGUCCCACACCGUAGUAUCCAAGUCGGUGAAAAUUGUUAAAAACAUAUUAUCAUCUUCUGCGGAGUUUAAAAAGUCCUGUUCGUUCUGCGACACUCGUGUUGUGGAAAUUUUAAAUUCACAGUUGAGCCGACAUCGAGUAUAUUCGGAUAUCCUGUGCAAAUAUAAAAGGAUGAAGGUGGCUGAGCUGCAGGAGAUGAUUGGCCAGCAGUUGUACUUGAAGAAGACGAUUGGAAUGAUAAAGAAUUACGAUUUUAUGACGAAGAAGUUCGAUGUCGAGAGCUUCAUGGGUGCCAUUGAGGACAGUCUCCAGUACCUCACGGAUAUCAUCAUGGAUUACAAAGAUCCUGGAGGCGAUGGGAAGCUGGAGUCGUGUCUGAUGAGUGCAGUGGAGGGUGUGAAAACCCUCUCACCAGCCAUCUACAUGAAGGUCCUGGCUGGAGCUCUUGAUGGUGUCAGGGGAAAUGUUAAUAUUAUACAGACGAUCGAUAACCACGAGACUCUUCUUCAUUGCACCCAAAUGGCCGAGAAGUUCAUUCCCAUUUGGAAGCCCCUGAAAGACGUUGCGAAAAAUUCAAGUACCCGGGAGGUAGAGAAAGUCCUACCAAAUGCGUCAUUAAAUGUGAAUUUACUGUUCGGUGAGAGAAAUAAUUCCCUCUGUAAACCCCAAAGCAGCUGCGUAAACGCGACAACUUUUAACGAUUUUCUCAACUCCAGGGGGGCUCGCAAGCUCCUUAAUUACGAUCCAAAAGCUGCUGGUUAUCCAUCAACUCGGGAUAUCUCGGAACUUUUGGUGAACAGCCUCGACUUUGAACUGAUAAAUCGUGAACUUCCGUCGUGGAGGACGAAUGGCACGCGGAGCCUGACCUGGGUGAAGCAGAUUCUGGAUGAUUUGAUGCGAGCGCUGGAGGAGAGUGGAAAUCUCCUGGAAGUCGCCAGCAAAAUUGAUUUUCAAGAUGUAUCGAAUGUCCUGGGAGUGCCUGACAUCGCCGACGGUGUCGUUUACCUGGUCAAAGACCAAACUAUCGAUAAACUCUUCGCUGCACUCAAGGACAUCGUCGAGGACGUCGAGCCGUUUAUCGAGAGUCCUCAGGUCAUCAAGGAUCUGAAUUCCAUCGUCGACGCCUUCGAGUCAAUGGAGAUAUUCAAGAAUCUAGGACUAUUGGACAUGAAGUAUUCGGUCAACAAGAUGUUUCAUGAUUGGAGUUCUCUCCGGAAGUUUCUCAUCGAUGAAAUAAAAUUUCCAAAUGACCUGGUGGACAUCCUGAGCGAGACCAAAGUGGACAUGCUCUCGGUCUUCAUGAAGGAGCGGUCAGCCAUGAGCUUGACUGACACAGUUUGUUCGACAGAUCAAUUGAAGGAGAUUCUGGACUUCGAGGCUUCUCGCACAUCCGCUGAUGAAGUCAGUCGAGUCCUCUGCUCGCUGGGGCCAUCGGUCACCCAGAAUCUGGCAAUAUCUCUCAUCAAGAACACCAACUUUGACUACGUCUUCAAGAACUUGAUGAGUGCAAACGUGAAGAACAUCCUGAAGAACGCAAAUUUGUCGGAAGCCGAGGGAAAUGUGAUAUUCGAUAAUCUCGGAGUUGUCGGUGAGCUGUUGCCCCUCUUCAAGGACAAGAUGUCAUCGGACUUGUCAGCUGAACCAUCUGGAGCCGGGGACACCGAGGACUCGCAGCUGACCAGCGGCAAAUUUCUUCAAGACGCCAGUGAACUCAUGUGCGGGAGGCAGCUGAUCUCGGACAGCGGUGAAUUUUAUCGGCUAAUUACGCAGAUCGAGGACACCAAGAAGACGAUUGAUCAGAGGGAAUUGGAUUCGUUACCGACCGAGUUUUGUCGUGACACGUACAAGAGUUUCCUGAGCAUGACGGGAGGAAAAAUCGUCUGGUCGUACGUCAAGCCACUGCUACGCGGAAAAAUCCUUUACGCACCUGAUUCACCGGCAGUCCGAAAGGUAAUGAGUCUAGCAAAUCAUACGUUUCAUGAAAUGGAAAUAUUCGGAGAGUUCAUGUCGAGCAUCGAAGCAACACUGAUAGCCGUAGCUGAUUUGACAGAUAUGGGGAGCAGUCUGGGUGAUCUUAAGGAGAUUAUGGCGUCUAAAGUCAUGAAAAUAGCCGUUCAAUCGAUGAGCGGUGGACGUGUCCAGGGGGAUCUCUCCAAUUUUGAUUUAGGGGAGUUGGCCUGGAGAUUGAAAAAGUCAAAUAAAUUAAUCGCUAUGAUUGGAAUGCUGAAUAAUCUGGUGGACUGUAUUCUCAUUGAUCGAGUAAUUGGAUUUUCCAGUGAGGAGGAACUCGAAGUUGAGGCACGUAAGCUCACUGAUACAAAUGAAUUUCUCGCUGGGGUAGUUUUUCUCGACAACGAGAAACUAUCAAGACGAUCUCUCGGGGGUGAAAGUUUGGAGCACGACGUAACAUAUAAAAUACGAAUGGACGUGGAUUACGUACCCUCGACAAAGAGAUUGAAAAAUCAAUUUUGGGUACCUGGACCCGAAGGCUCAUUUAUUGAGGAUUUGAGAUAUCUACGUGGCUUUGUCCAACUUCAGGAUUCUAUUGAUCGGGCUAUUAUUGAAGUUAAAUCGGGGAAGGAGCUCAAUUGGAAGACAGUGUCACAACAAAUGCCUUAUCCGUGCUGGAAAUACGCACCAUUUCAACGAACUCUCUACGAAUCACAGGGCUUGAUAACAUGUUUUUUCUUCGCUAUGAUGAUGUGCGUUGGAUCGGCCGUUCGAUAUAUCGUUUGGGAGAGGGAGUCACAGAACUCGAUGGUUAUGAGUGUAAUGGGAUUAAAACCCUGGAGGAAUACUCUCGCUUGGUUCAUUACAACGACUAUUGAGUUGACGAUUGUCGUAACGUCAAUUUGCAUUAUUCUCGUUGCUGGCAAAAUUCUACCGCACUCCGAUCCUGGAAUAAUUAUGAUUCUCUUUCUCGAUUACGUUUUUGCAAUUGUCACAUUUUGCUACAUGAUCUCGACCAUGUUCAGGUCGGCUAGUUUGGCAGCAGUCACUACUGUCGUUAUGUUUUUACUCACUUAUAUGCCGUAUGUUAUUGUUAUUGCGAUGGAGGCUACGAUGGGACUUGCCUACAAUUUGAUACUCUGUCUCAGCAUGUCCACAAGCUUUUGCUACGGAUGUCUGUACACUGUCCGUCGCGAGGUUCAAGGAACCGGGAUGCAGUGGAAGCAUCUCUGGGAGGAGCCCAGCCCCGGGGAUCCCAUGUCCCUCGGUUUGGUCCUCACAAUGUUAGCACUGGAUGGCUGUCUCUACGCAGCUAUCGGUUACGUUAUAGUCAGAUACACCAACUCAGGAAAAGGCUCACCGGGCUUACGAUCCCGAAGCCUCUGGUGGUCCGAUCCACGGGCCCUAUUCGGGCAACCUGACUACCUAGCAUUCGUCAACAACCUGUAUUUCACUAAUGAUGUACUGCACAAUUCGACAACUUAUCAAGAUGAAGACAAUGAUGCUACGACAAUGGCUGUGAGCGAGAAGCAAGUCGGUGUGAGAUUCGAAGGUGUACGAAAGAUUUACGAUACUGAACAAGGUGAAGUAAUAGCAGUAGAUGAUUUCACCCUAAAGCUCUGCAAGGGUGAAGUGACUGGAUUGCUUGGUCGAAAUGGUGCUGGCAAGACUACAAUAAUAAAGAUGUUAACUGGAAUGAUAGCCCCGACAAGUGGGGAAAUACAUCUGGACGGUGAUGAAGGAAGUAAGCCAGACAUCGGUGUUUGUCCCCAGGACAACGUUCUCAUUGACACCCUGACACCGAGGGAGCACAUGAUAUUUUACGCGAAAUUAAAGCGACCGUUGAGUGAUGAGGAAAUGCUGGAGGACGUUAACUCGAUGCUGUCAUCAUUGGAGUUGGGAAGACAAGAGCACGAACCGGUGUCCAGGUUGUCCGGUGGUACCAAGAGACGUCUCUGCGUUGCUCUGGCCUUUCUGGGAUCCCCCAAGCUGGUGAUACUUGACGAGCCUGGUGCUGGAGUGGAUCCAGCAGCGAGGAGACGCAUCUGGAAGCUGAUUGACCACCACCGGCAGAACAGAACAGUCCUCCUGUCCACCCAUCAUCUUGAUGAAGCUGACAUGCUGAGUGAUACUGUCGUUAUCAUGCACAAGGGGAAGGUCCUCUGCAAGGGAUCACCCCUGACCCUGAAGACGACUUAUGGACAGGGGUACUGGCUGAACGUGUCCUUCCCGACUCCAGAGGGAAAUCGAUACGUCGAGCGCCAACGGCUGCAGAAGCUCGUGGAGUCUAUCGUUCCUAAUGCGACUCUCGAUUCGCUGAGUUCUGAAGUCAGGGUCAGUCUUCCCUUUCAGGGAAAACACGGGGUCGCGAAUGAUAUCGCGGGGGUGAUUAAGAAGCUGGAGGACAGCAAGACCAGUCUGGGAUUCUCCAGAAUUUCGUUGGACUGUGAUACCUUGGAGAGGGUCUUCCUGAGUCUCUGUGGGAAGGCUGAGCACAAGAAUUCGCAUGUCGGCGGUAGCUUGGCGAGUGUCAACAGUGGGGGAUCGGUUUCUCUGAAUAUCUUUGAUGAUACUGAGUCCAUUAUCGGUGAAACGGCCCUGAAGCCGUCACCCUGGAGGCAGAUCAGGGCAUUAUUGAUGAAGAGAAUGUGGCAUUUUGCUAGGGAUUGGAGAGCACCACUUGCUACUCUCCUUCUUCCCACGAUAUUCGUUGCUAUUGCCAUGGGAUUUUCACUGAUUAGGCCACCGUCCAGUGAUGAACCACCUUUGGAUCUCAAUCCCAAGCUUUAUGAUACCCAUGUGAACUAUUUUUACAGUAUUGAUAAUAGUAGUGAUUUAUUUCUCCAACGGGUGUCGUCACAGCUUCAUGAUAAAUUUGGAGGUGAUUAUGCUGGUGCCUGGCAAAUUCAGCCAAAUGACACUGGCACUUGUGACUGUUUGGAGGGACAACAAGUUUGUCAUGGAGUUUCCAAAGCCGUUGAGGGACUCUUUCAGACUCUACCCGGACGACCAACUCUUGAUUGGAUAGUUUCCACUUUUCAUGAAUACAUUGAAAAGAGAUACGGCGGCUGGUCGUUAUCCCACUGGCACGAGGAUCCACUAUUUGUGGUUUGGUUCAAUAACAAAGGACAUCAUUCAUUACCAGCGUAUCUCAAUUCACUGAAUGGGGCUAUUUUACGGGCUUCUGGUGUACCCGGACGUAUAACAACUUUCAACCAUCCCCUGAAGUUAUCCAGUGACCAACUCAAUCGCACCAGUGUGCUCCAGCACGUGGCAGAUGUUGGAAUAGCUCUGGUACUGUUGAUAGCCUUCAGUCUAGUUGCAGCACAGGGUGCACGAGAACUUGUGAGAGAAAGAUUAUCCGAGGAGAAACGUAUUCUCUAUCUCGCUGGAGUCCAUCCUGUUACCUAUUGGACAGCAGCAUUUCUCUGGGAUUUUCUUGUUUUCCUUUCGUCAAUUGGACUCGCUGUCAUUGUGUUCGAAAUAUUCGGAUUGUCUGCCUACGUCGCCAGGGACAAUUUGCAAGGAAUUGUCCUUCUUCUGGUCCUUUUUGCUUGGGCAUCAAUUCCAUUCAGCCAUUUCAUGGAAAAAAGCUUCGAUGACGCCAGCCUGUCCAACAUGGUACUCUUCUGUCUCAACACAUUUGUCGGAGUUAUUUGUCUAGCAACAAUUAUGGUGAUUGACAUUGUUGGAAAAAGUCAAGCAGCGAAAGACACACGACAAGUGCUUCAUAAUUUGAUGCUAUUUUUUCCACAAUAUGCACUGGGUGAUGCACUCGUCCAGAUGUCAACGAAUGACAUAACAGCUGAACUACUCGAGAGAUUCAACAUGGAUACGUACAAAUCACCGCUUGGCUGGUCACUCAUAGGACAGCACUACGUUUAUUUGUUCGUUGUUGGUGUUGUAUUUUAUCUGGUCAACAUAGUGAUAGAGUGUCGGUUGCUUUUACUUCGUAAAAAGGAAGCUCCAGUUGAUAAAAUAAGCGACGAGGAUGAGGAUGUCUCCAUGGAGAGGACACGAGUGGAGAACAGCUCGGACAGGGAUAUAAUUAAAACAGUCAGACUGCGAAAGGUCUACAACAGUGUUUAUGGUAAAAAUAUUGCUGUUAAAAAUCUCAGCUUUGGUGUUCAAGCUGGCACUUGCUUCGGCUUGUUGGGAAUUAAUGGAGCUGGUAAGAGUACAACAUUCAAGAUGUUAACCACCGAGAUAACACCAACAUCGGGUAAGAUUAUACUCAAGGGCCGUCAAGUGGCCUUCAAGCCAUUGUGCAAUGGUGAAAUUGGCUACUGCUCUCAGACUGAUUCACUCGAUGGAUUCCUUACUCCUCAUCAGUGCUUAACUAUUCACGGACAAGUCUGUGGAUUAGCUGAUGUUACCAGGUCCGUUGUCUCGACACUCAGAAGAUUCGAUUUAUCGAAGUACUCUCAUCAGAGAAUAUCGAGUCUAAGUGGUGGUAAUAAGAGAAAAUUGUGCGCGGCUAUUAGUGUUAUGAGUCCUGUGUCGGUUGUGCUGAUGGACGAACCAACUAGUGGAAUGGAUCCAGCGUCAAAGGAACUUGUGGCACGUGCUGUUCACCAGGUCACGCAGACCGAGGCGUGUGUUAUUAUGACGUCUCACAGUGUCGCUGAGUGCGAAAAAUUGUGCAGCCGAGUUGGCAUUCUUGCCAGUGCUGGACUGAGGUGCAUUGGAAGCCCUCAACAUCUCAAACACAAGUACGGCGAGGGUUACGUUGCCUUUUUGAGAUUCCCACGAUCCAUUGUCGUCAGCGAAGUGAAGGAUGUCAUAUAUCGGUAUUUUCCCACUGCUCAGGUGUUCGCAAAACAGGCCAGGGCAGCCCGAUUACUGAUACCCCAGAAUCACGAGCUGUUGCUCAGUGAAAUUUUUACGAAGCUGAAGUGCCUCGCGUGUGAUCUCAAGGCCACUGACUACACACUCACCCAGAGCUCCCUGGAUCAGGUACUGGUGAACUUUUCUACCGGGAGUGAAGACGAUUGCUCAGAUUUGCGGUCCAAUUCGAGAAGAAGGAUAAAUCUCAACUCACAGCACAGUGUGGAUGGCAUUCACAUGGAUACAUUUUGAUGAAAAAAAUAUAUAUAUAUUCUGGAGAAUAGCAAACGAAAUGGAAUAAAUCAUGUCACGACUUUGUAA